AUGUCUCCAUCGCGCUGGUUGGACGUUGGCUUUGCCGUCAUUGUGACAACUGACGGGUCGGCGCAAACCAACAAUCCUGUCAUUCAAGUACCAACUCUAUGUCAAACACGCCCAUGCUGCGUCUGGUUUUCCACCAACGAGAUAGUUCAUCCCAUUCCCCCAGUCUCUCAUUGGCCAUCUGCAAGGCGCGAGAUUGAACCACUCACACACACACACACACACACACACACCAAUGACAUUCGGAAGGCAAACCUCCUCUACGGAUACAAAGUACACACCACCUUAUCCGUACCGGCACUUUGGGACACGAACUCGGGUUUGGCGGGCUACAUUGUCAUUGCUGCAGCUUUCCCCCUUCCCCGGGUUAUCAAAUAUGGGUAUCUCUACGACGUACCGGAUAUGCCUCCCGGGCCAAACGGAUCACUACGGUGCUACCCGUACGGCGCGCACAAAAUAGCCGUUUACCAGCUGCCGAGUCAUCAACAAAUUCUCGUCCACUUGCUUGUCUCCUCGACGCUUCUCGGCCGUAGCCGAAGAAUGGCUGUGUUUGCGCUGUGCUGCGUUGCCGCGCAUCCAGAUCCGCCGUGGGUACUCCGUACGGAGUAUGCGCAACUGAUUUCCAAUUUGAAGUGCAUGGCAAUUGCAUAG